CAUUUCAAACCAAUCUGCGUCUGAUUUGUGACUGCGCUGUGUCUAAAAUGCCGGGGAAACAACUGAUACUGUUGAUCUUUGUUCACGGCGUCCUCUCAUUUAAUUUAGAUGAACAGCAUGCCGUAACAUUUCCAUCAGAUGCGCAGACUGUUAUUUCCAGUGACUCCAGCUAUUUUGGAUAUGCUGUGGCUUUUCGUUCGGCAGACACUUCGAAAACGUUGGUGGUGUCGGCGCCACGAUACGGUGGCACGGGCGCUGUCUUCGCGUGCUCACUGGAAGACCUUCAGUGUGACCCCAUCGUCAUUUCUAAUUUCACAGUUGAGCAGGAACGGGACAUACUGAAAGACGACGCUUGGAUUGGCAGUGCCGUGGAUGUUCAACGGUCCGGGAAAGGAAUUGUGGUGUGCGGCAGCCUGCUGUCGAGCAACCACUCGCACAACAACCGCUGGGUGAACGGCGGCUGCUACUGGAAGCCCGACGCGGACGCCGAGCGCGCAGACCUGCUCGUGCCGCUCACGGAUGGUGAUCACCUUGGACACAGUGUGUCUGGGAGUUCUACUCACGCCUAUUACGCCAACGGUCAAGCGGGCGUUUCCGUACUCAUUACGCAGGAAGGACAAGAACUAGUUAUAGGUGCUCCAGGAUUCGACUUGUCUGUAGGAACCAUUCUGCGGUACCGUAUAGAUGAGAAUGGCAACCUAGACGAUGGAAUAAUUGCAGGAAUUCAACCUUGUCAAGAGAAAGGAAUACUGGGCAACGAAUAUGGAGGGUAUGCGGUGGCAUCUGGCAGAUUCAUGUGCGGCUCCUCCAUUGUCUACGCUGUGGGAGCUCCACGAGCAGCCAUGUAUAGGGGACAGGGUCCCAACCUGCGUUCACCGGCGGUGACGCUGGAGGGGGACGGCGCACCGCGCUCCCAGUUUGGCACGUCUGUCGCCGCUGUGGGAGACAUCGAUGGCGACGGCUUCCAAGACGUGGCGGUGGGUGCGCCGUACGGCGAUCAGGGCGGCAGCGUGUUCGUGUACCUGGGCAGCGGCGACGCUCGGCGCAUGGGCCGUCUCCUGGGCCCCCAGAGGCUGCCCAGCUCCGGCCACCCGGCGGCCACGCAGCCCGGCUUCGGCAUCAGCGUCGCUGGCGGCGUCGACGUCGACGGGAACGACUAUGUCGGUGAGUAUCACGUCUGCUAA